GAAAGUGAAAGAAAAGCUUCUUUAAAAAGAAAACCUUCACAUCGGUUUCUGAGUAAGAGACAUUCAAGUGGAUUUAAUAGAACUAUAAAGGAUAUCGUUUCAGUACCCUUUUUUUCUUUUUAUUUCCGUUUUUGAAACAGCCUUGUUGUUAUUAGGACAAUAUUUCCUAACAUCAUGGAAAAUGCUGACGAGAUGAACCAUUGGCAGGAGACUGCAGUCAAUGGGAAACAUUAUGAGUGGCAGCUGUCAAAUGGACAUCUAUGGCUGCCAAUCGACAAUGACCAUGUGAUCGAGACCCACUACUGCCAACCUGGAGCUAAAGGAAUCACCAUCAACUUCAAACAUAUGAAGGUGGUCAUAGACUUUGAUAAACUGCUGACUCAGAAUGUAGAUCUGAAGGUGCAGAGACUGAGUUUCCUCCCUCAGGGCCAGACGGAGGACGUAGGCUGGUACUUCAGAGAUGACCAGCUGUGGAGUGAAUUUGGAUCCCAGAUCUCCAACAUGCAGUCCUCGUCCAUCAGCAGUGGAGAUGUGGAGCGUCAGUUCACUCUUAACCCUCGAGGGUCUUUCAACUUCACAGUGGGCUCCUCAAGCUACUCACUCGACUUCUCAACCAUGACACAAACAAACUGCGUCACAGGCCUGCGCAGAAAUCUACGAAGGCGUCCAAAAUUCACUUUCAACGCAGAGAGCCGUUCCUCCACUUCAGCUUCCUCCUCCCAGCUCACAGAUGGAGGCUACAGGUGGGAGUUCAUGGGAGAAGAGGGUAUAUGGACUGAGUACAAUGCACAUGUAUGUUCAUUUGAUAGCACUGCCCUUGAGAGACAAUACCAGCUGAAUCCUCAGGGCCAACUUCCCUUCAAGAUCAGAAGAUUUUCCUACACGCUCAACUUCUCUAGCAUGAGUCAAGUCAAUGACACGAUCGGGACCAGGAGAGCAGUGAGGAGGACUGCUGACUCUGGGAGUCAACAGGACAGCAGUUUGGGCACUUCACCACGAUGGCAGUUUCAGGAUAUCGGUGGAAUAUGGAAAGAAUAUUCAAAUUCCAAAAGCAGCAUUUCCAGUCAGGACAUUGAGCGGCAGUACCAACAGACCCCGUCAGGCUCCAUGAAGUUUACCGCCAACAGGUUUAGCUAUGAGCUAAACUUCUCAGCCAUGACUCAGAAGAACAUGUCCACAACCACCACCCGAUCAGUGAGGAGGCUCACCCAGUGAUUGUGUGACGUCAACAGAUGUAGAAGUCGUCUUAAUGUUGAUCCUCACACUGACCUCACUUCAUGCCUCAGGUUGUCUCUCAAUAGAAUUAUUCUGCACUGAUUUUCAAACUGUCUUUCAUUUUGCUUAUUGAAUGACACAAUAGGAUUACUUUAAACAUGAAGUUGUCAGGGAUUGUUCAUAUUGACUAAUUUAAAGGGGACCUAUCAUGCAAAAUGCACUUUCUCACGUCUUUUAUACAUGAAUCUGUGUCCCCGGUGUGU